UCCUCACCUGAACUGACUGCAACCAAAUUAAAGCAUUUACUGUGACUGCCAUUUUUACAACCCUGAAAUAAGAAACGACACACACACUCCUCUCGAAAGCAACUCUCUUUCCUCCCCACAUUUAGGAAAAAAGCCUGAGACUUAAUUAAUUCAAUCUUUUUUUUCUUCUCUACUACUACUACGACGACGACGAUUCCUUUGGUCUUUCUCAUUUACAAAAAGCAGCCAAAACGGGUCUACCUUUGUGGAUGCUUGGUCUCGGCGUCCAACGCUUGCGAGCUGAUAUGAAUCGCUUGCUCGCGUUACUCUUUCACCAGGGAGUAUUGGAUGAGCAAUUUUUGCAGCUUCAACAGCUUCAAGAUGAAUCCUCUCCUAAUUUCGUCUCCGAAGUUGUCAAUAUCUAUUUCCAAGAGUCCGAAAAGCUCUUGCGAAAUCUCAGAUCCUUGUUGAUGGACAGAGAGUUUUCGGACUACAAGAAAAUGGGAGUGCAUUUGAAUCAGUUUAUAGGAAGCAGUUCAAGCAUUGGUGCAAAACGCGUCAGAAACGUCUGCGUCGCCUUUCGCGUUGCUUCCGAGCAGAAUAACCGACUUGGUUGUUUGAGAGCUCUAGAGUUGCUUGAACAUGAAUACUGCUAUCUCAAGAACAAACUUCAUGAACUUUUCCAGAUAGAGCAGCAAAGGCUGCUAGCCGCUGCAGUCAGGUACCCAGUCCAGCACUAAAACAAAAACGGAGGCAAAGGAGAUAAGACCUUUUUUCUUUUUUACUUUUUCUAUUUGGUGUCAUUUCUAACUUAUGAGAUAUGGAAGGGAUCAAUGGGAACUAUAGCUAGCUAGGACAAAUCAAUGUUUUGGGAAGUUUGAAUGAUGUGUGCAAAUUGUGAUUCAGGAAUUUAAGUUUGGAGAUUCGGCUUUUAA